AAACCGAAACCACUGGUAGCAGUAAGUAGUAGACUAAUUUAUAAUUUAUAUGGCGUGCAUUAUAUAUUAAAUCAUGAUAGAUGGGGCAGCGCACUACCCUUUUUAAUUUUGUCAUCAAGAAAAUAUAACCUAGAUUUUUUAGAUAUGUCAAAGUUUAAAUAAAUCAAUUAUCAUUCAUUUCGAUAAGAUAACAUAACAGAAUAGUACUUGAAUAGAUAUUACAAUGUCUGUCACAUCAAAGCAAAUAUUAGGUUUAUAUAAACAAUUAUUGGAAAGAGCUGCCAAAUUCGACAAUUAUAACUUCAGAGAAUAUUCCAAGAGAAAGAUUGUUGAUUCAUUUAAGGAGCACAAAUCAUUAAAGGAAGAAAAAGAUAUCGUUGACUUUUAUAACAAGGGUAUCGAUAGUUUAGCCCAAUUAAAGAGACAAACCACCGUUUCACAAAUGUUCACUUUUGAUAAAUUAGUUGUUGAACCAUUAAAGCAAAAACACAAUUAAUUGAAAAAGCGAAGUUAGAUCAGUGAACAAAUUGUUCAUCAUUCUACUUUUCCCAUUUGAUGCUUUCAAUAAAGGGAGGUUUCUGUUAGUUAUGUCAUAAAGAGAAGUUGGUAUACUCUCCUAAAGGGCAACAAACGUUCAAAUUAUCAUGGUUAUAUUAUAUCAUUGUACAUAGUUUUUAUUUCUUCGUUACUUAAUUGUUUGCAAGUGAAAAUUCAAUAUAUUCAAACAUUCAGAUUUCAAAGGCUUCAACGAUGUAGUUAUCAAUAUAACAAGAAUAUAAGGAAGUAAAAAGAAUCAAACUUCCUUAACGUAAGUCAAAUCCCGUACAAGUUUAAAAAAAAAAGAAAAUGAUCAAAACGACCCCGGUGAGGAUUGAACUCAC